CAGACUCGCUCAGUCAUUCAGUCAGUGAAGACAGAUAUGGCUAAGCAGAGCUGAACUUCUUGUCAGUCAACAUCCGGACAUUGAUCUUUCCCUCAUUUGGUGUCACUUCUUUCCUUCUCUUUUCUCCUCAUCGUUAUGCAAUUCAAGUGGGAAAUAAUUGAAUCACCACCAGAGAAAGGAACUUUGCUCCAAUGACUCUAAAAGUGGACUCUACUCUUUUCUACUUGCCUAGGUCAGCCAGAUGAACACACACAAACCAGCCCACAAAGCCAAGGCUAGGCAUUUGUGCUUCGUCGUCCUCCUCUGCUUCCCUUUGGCGUGGGCUGGCGUCCCUGGUCCAUGUCGGCACUCUGUGACAAAGGGUCACCUCCUCAACCUCAAUCGCCUGAUUGACAAUCAGUUGGAGAAUGGCUGUUCAAUAACCUAUGUAUUUACUGAGCUCCAGAGUUUGAGUGAAGUCUGUUAUGUGAAAGCAGCAUUGCCACAAAUCCUGGAGCUUCUGAACACAAACUUCAAUUAUGUCAUGAAGUCGGACAACGGGCGCUAUGUCAAAUCCCUGAAGAAGGUCAUAUACAACUUUUACUCCCACAACUGCAUACCCGAAAUCAACGAGGAGAUUGAGGACAACCCAGUGAAGUUUGUGAGGUUGCACAGCACCUCGCCCAGAGAGGCUCUGAGGAAAGCCCGCGGUGUCAUUGAGAUGUACAGGACCCUGAUGACCAAGAGCAACGGGCCUGUUGACUGGAACUGUGAGGAAGAGUACGCUGAGGAUUACUCAGAAUCCGCCACUGUCCUCCCCACCCAAACCAAAGCUGAACCUGAACCGGAACACCAGUGUGCAUGUCCAACAGUGGGUCCGGUGGCCCCUGAUGUCUCCCUGGUCUCUCACGGUGUAUGGAGCAGUCCCCCACAGCCCACCCUCUCCCAACCCACCACAGCCAUGCAACCCAGGCCUCCUCACCCACUCUUGGGUACCCACAGCGCUGACCCUGGGGUGUUCCUAGGGAGUCCUGGUACCGUAGGACCCCCCUCCCUUAGGGGGCUGCAGGUGACUGUCCCUGAUGGACAUUCACUUGGAGAGGGCAGAGAGGGGGAGUUACACUGGGACUCUCGUCCACCUCCACCCACUGGAACUGAGUCAGACUCGGCACUCUAUAAAACAGGCUCUAACCCCCUUUCUGCUACAGACCACCCUUUAGUGUCUUCCCCUCCCAGCCUAGUUCUCCUGGAGACUGUUGGCUCCAAGGACAAGGCUUUUUACUACCCCCAGACUGAAAGGGCGAUGGAGGCUUCUGCAGACAAACCAGCAGGGAGAGGAGCAGCAGGUUCACCCCACAAUCUCUUUGUUGUCCCUAGGGUCAAGCUGGUCACACCUGUCCCUUUCUUGUACAAGGUGAUGGGCAUCACCCUCAGUAGUGAUGAGAGCACUGCCUAUGUGUUGGCCAAGAGGUCACUGGACGCCAGGAACUAUGGAAUAUACCAGGAUGGAGUUUCAACAGAGACCCUUCAACUACAGGACACUACAAAAACAUACCCAAGCACAGAGAGAUAUUCACAUGACUGGAACCAUCCGAUUGGGAGCACUACGACUGAAGCAUCUCCACAUUUGAAGAUGACAGAGGAGGAGCCAGACAAACUACACACCACUACAAACGUCCUGGGCCAAAUCAGGAAGACUGAGUCAAAACAUACUAGGACAUACUAUGAGAAAGUCUUGAGCACAGAUAUCCUGUCAGAGAAGACAGAUGUGGAUGACACUCCUAUUUCAGAAAGGCCCAGUGAAGGCUCAGAGAAGAAAUUCCAGAAUGGGAAAACUGGUCAUUACGAUUCCAGCACCUACUACCAGACAGCCUUUAUCAUUGGAGCCAUGUGCGGUGGAUUUCUCCUCAUCACAACACUAUUCAGUGAGAAGAAGAGACUCCGAGCACUUAUCCACAGUGCCAACAUAAUUGAAAACCAGAGGGCAUGCCGCAACAUUAAGGACAUUGAGCUGCAGUAUUAUAAAGCCAAGGAUUGAGAGAUCUGGAUUGAUUUCAACUGCCAGUAAGAGACCAAUAACCACCUAAUUUGUCGAAUAAGUGGAAGACAUGGACAAUUGGCUGAACUAUUUUACUCAUGUCACUUUUGUAUAUAAAUAUCUAAGAAUAUCUAAAGUAAUCUAUUUUUAUACAAAUUAAGUUUAUUAUUGCUUGAAAUAUUGCUGGAUUUUUUUUAAUACAGAUGAUCUUAUGGUUUCAAAGUUAUACAAUAUUGGCCUGCUUCUAUUCUUUUUUUGUUUAAAAGGUUUGAGUGAAUUUGUCUCUCAUAGACUAUUUGGAUGGUGUCAUGUACAUCAGAAAUAGAGUGGACCAAUCAAACCUCCAAGGACUCUCCGUCACGGCAGGGGUUAGCGACUUCACCUAACUCGGAUGCUUUUUUCAAUGUCCUGCCAUCAAACAUCUCCAAGCGUGACUGAUAGAUCCUCACAGUGAAAUGCACAGUUCAAGAGGGGAAGAACCUCAUUUUUUAUUACAUCAGCAUCUGUGUUUGGAUGUGUCUCCUAAGUCAAAAUCAAAGUUAAGAAAGUCUGUGUGAAUGAAGUACUCCCAUGACAUUGUUGAAUGGAGUUGGGUUCUUGAGCCAAAGUAAAACCAGGUGCCAUUACCUCAAGCGGACAGAGGGAUGCAUCUUUGGGGAUCAAUACAUUAAAUAGAAAAAAAACACAACGUUUUUAGUGAACUCCAUAAAUGCAAUGAUGCAUCAUACUGGAUUAAUUUGCAUUUCAACAUUACUCUGUUUUAUCCCUUUCAAAUUAUGACAAUGAGUUAAACCUGUUUCUCAUGCCAUGUUGUGCUGAUACCAAUGAGAAUGUAUGACAAUCUCCAGCAGUUUGUAAACCUAUUAGAGCGCUCCAUUCCCAUACAGUGAAUCAUAUCCAUAUACAAAGGAUUGUGUUAUAGUCAUGUGCUGUGAGGGUUUUUGUAAAUCACAAAAGUUUAACAUGUUGUUGGUCCCUUUCAAUUGCUUAAUUGGGAAGUGAGAGAAUGCAAUUGAAGUGCUGCUAAUUGAUGACUGUGCCUAGAACCUUCAACAAGCACUACACAAUUAAAUAGAAACUGCAAUUCCAUUUUCAGUUUGUUACCUAAAUUAUGAAAUGUUUCAAUAUGACUUGUGCCCUGUAAUAUGUGUAAAUGAACAUCUUGACAGUGCUAACCCAUAUGAGUCACCCUUUGAUCAUGCUGUAUUUCGGAUCAAUUGUGUUGAUUCAAUGCAAUGUAUUAGAUCAUGUUAAGCCCCAGGAUCAUUUAUGUAUUACUUUAAUACUGUAUACAAUAAUAAUAAUAAUAAUAAUAAUAAUAAUAAUACAAAUAAUAAUGAAGAUUGACAUGGAACUGUUAAAUAUUUAGACUCUUAUGCACAAUUGCAGUAAAUAGAAGUUGAGGUGUUGUCUGUUCAUAUUGGUCUUUGCCACGAUUCAAUCCAAAAAGGUGUUAGAGUCAUGUUAUAGUGUGUUUGACGUGAAGGUCAUAUCCGAUUGAGCUGACAUCUGCAGCGUUUACCGCCAAUGCAAUCUCAGCAAAAGUGGGGACAUUGCCUUAAAAUCUGCAUUGUCUUUAGAUUUAGGAACUCAAUUUGAUCACCCUGUUGUAGAAUAAUUUAAAACAUGUGGUGUUUUGAUGUUUAAAAAGGUUUCUGAAGUUUGUCAUUUCCACUUUGAAAUGUCAGACUUGACUUUCCCUUAAAAAUGUAUCAACCCCUACAAAAAUGUCCAUACAUAUUAAUCCACAUUAUAAUUUACAUGUCCUGUUGCUGUAGCAAACUAGCUCAUAUUAAGAUCCUAUAUCUGUACAUGCAUGAACGGCUUGAAGCCUUAGUGUCUAAAUGCAGAAAGAACAAUAUAUUAAAGGAAUCCUCAAUAAAAUUGGACUGGAAUGAA